UCUAUGCAGGCUUAGUAAGGCAUACCCAGUUCAGCAAGAUGAAUGUGUUUGUGGUAUGCCUCACUGUGCUGAGUUUAUCUUACCCAACAACUGUCAGCUGUCAGCCUCUUUAUGUUCUUACUGCUCCCAAUGUCCUACGAGUGGAGAGUGAAGAAAAUAUACUCCUUCAAGCUCAUGAUUACGUUGGUGGAGACCUGAACGUGGACAUUCUUGUGUUUGAUUUUCCAGGAAAAAAGCAGCAGCUUUAUGUAGGCAGUGUUAUUCUGAAACCAGAUCAGUACCAAGCCACACACAAAAUUAAGAUUCCCGAGGGAUCAUUUAAUAAAGAAUCCAAGCUUAAUCAGUAUGUAUACCUGCAAGCCAAAUUUGGAGGACAUGUAGUGGAGUCAGCUGUAUUGGUUUCUUUCCAGUCUGGAUAUAUAUUUGUGCAGACAGACAAAUCUAUUUACACUCCCACUGACACAGUUCUUUAUAGAGUUUUUGCCCUGACCAAUCGUCUGGAUCCUAGUAAAAGUUCAGUUUCCGUUGAAAUCAUGACUCCUGAUGGUAUUGUAAUUCAGAAAGACCUCUUAUUUUCAGCCAAUGGAAUUAUUUCAGGAUCAUAUAAGCUGCCAGAAAUACUUAGUACGGGAACAUGGAAAGUUGUUACAAAAUUUGAAAGUACACCUCAGAAAAAUUUUACAGCUGAUUUUGAAGUAAAGGAAUAUGUACUGCCAAAUUUUGAAGUGAAGCUGGAACCACAUCAGCUGUUCUUCUACAUUGAUGAUGAAGAACUUACUGUCUCAGUAACUGCCAGGUACUUGUACGGAAAAGAUGUCGUGGGGUCUGCAUAUGUGGUGUUUGGAGUAGUGCUGGACAAUGAUGAAAAGAGAAGCUUCCCAGACUCCCUUCAACGAAUAGAAAUUACAGCUGGAAAGGGAACAGCCACAUUGAAAAGACAACAUAUUUUAAAGAUAUACAAAGAAAUGAAGGAAAUACUUAAAAAAUCAAUCUAUGUAUCUGCAACAGUUUUAACAUCAACUGGCAGUGAUAUAGUGGAAGCUGAGAGGAGAGGCAUCCAAAUUGUUCAGUCCCCUUAUGCCAUUCAUUUCACAAAGACUCCCAAGUACUUCAAGCCUGGAAUGCCCUUUGAUGUCAUGGUUCUCGUGACAAAUCCAGAUGGCACGCCAGCAAGCAACAUUGAUGUUGAAAUAAGUCCAGAAAUUUCUGGCAGAACUCAACAACAAGGAACAACAAAGAUGACCGUUAACACACGUGGGGAUGCUACACGACUACCAAUCACUGUGAAAACUAAAGCUCCUAAUCUCACUCCUGAUCGCCAAGCUACAGGAAGCAUGGAGGCCUUGCCUUAUAGGACACAACUGAAUUCUAAAAACUACCUUCAUAUUGGAAUCCAGGCAGCUGAACUGGAACCAGGAACAAAUCUGCAAGUUAAUCUGAAUCUAGGCAAUGACGCUGGAGUCCAGGAUCAAAUAAAGUAUUUUUCAUAUCAGAUUGUAAACAAAGGACAGAUUAUGACAGCUGGAAAACAGGCAAGAUUACCUGGGCAGUCCUUGGUUACAUUAUCACUGCGCAUUGAAAAAGAAAUGAUUCCUUCUUUCCGGUUUGUGGCAUAUUAUUACCUCAGAAAAGGUGGACAAAUCGAAGUUGUGGCCGAUUCAGUCUGGGUGGAUGUAAAGGACACAUGUAUGGGAACACUCCGUGUGACCCCAACCACUGACAGAGACAGGAGGGUGUAUGAACCACGCAGACCAUUUAGUCUAACAUUAAUAGGGGACCCAGGAGCAAAGGUUGGACUUGUUGCUGUUGAUAAAGGAGUCUAUGUUUUGAACAACAAAAACAGACUCUCACAAUCCAAGAUCUGGGACAUUGUAGAGAAGAAUGACAUUGGCUGUACAGCUGGCAGUGGCAGUGACAACAUGAAUGUAUUUAACGAUGCUGGGCUUAUGUUUAAAUCAAGCUCUGGAAGUGAAACAAAACCUAGAACAGAUCCCACAUGCCCAGAGCCUCCAAAGAGGAGACGCCGAUCUUUGGUUUUGGGUGACAUCAUAACAAGUCUGGUAAGCAAUUUCUCAGGACCCCUGCAGAAGUGCUGUAGAGAUGGAAUGGCAGAGAAUAUUAUGGACUACACCUGUGAAAAGAGGACCCAAUUUAUUAUCGAAGGCAAAGAGUGUAUUGAUGCUUUCUUGCACUGCUGUAAAGAGAUCGCCAAAAGACACAAAGAACGUCAGAGGGAAAUGUUAGCUCUUGCACGAAGUGAAGAAGAUGAUGAUUACAUAAGUGACGAUGAAAUUGUGUCCCGAACUGAAUUCCCAGAAAGCUGGCUGUGGCAAAUUGAAACUUUACCAACAGCACCCAAAGACAAAGAUGGCCUUGUUAAAAAAGAUAUCCAGAGCUUCCUGAAAGACUCUAUCACUACCUGGGAAAUUACAGCCAUCAGUUUGUCUCCACUGAAAGGAAUCUGUGUAGCUGAUGUUUAUGAGAUCACAGUGUUGAAGAACUUCUUCAUAGACCUGAAGCUACCGUAUUCUGUGGUACGAAAUGAACAAGUGGAAAUUAAGGCUGUGGUGUACAACUAUGAAGACAUGCCAAUCAAAGUGCGUGUGGAGCUGAUGGAGAAUGAACAGGUAUGCAGUGCAGCCAGUCAGAAGAGAAAAUACAGGGUGGAAGUGAAUAUUGAUCCAUUAUCUUCAAGAGCUGUGCCCUUUGUCAUCAUCCCCAUGGAGAAAGGAGAGUUGGAGAUUGAAGUUAAGGCCUCAGUCUUUGGUGUUGCAGUUUAUGAUGGAGUAAAGAAGAAGCUUCGGGUUGUGGCAGAAGGUGUGCAAACGAAAAAGACUAUUAAAACCAUUGAAUUGAAUCCAUCUGUCCACGGUGGAGUUCAAAGUGAAAAAGUUGAUAAAAUUGUCCUGCCAUCAUUAGUACCAAAAACAGAACCUCAGACUUUCAUCAGUGUAACAGGUGAGAUUCUGACUGAAACUAUUGAAAGUGCCAUUAGUGGUGAACCCUUGGGCAGUCUCAUUACACAGCCUAGUGGGUGUGGAGAACAGAACAUGAUUUACAUGACUUCACCUGUUAUUGCUACACAUUACUUGGACUCCACCCAACAGUGGGAAAAGGUUGGUCUGGAGCGUCGAGCUGAGGCAAUUAAUUAUAUUAACAAAGGUUAUACUCAACAGCUGGCUUACCGCCAUCCGGAUGAUUCCUAUGCAGCAUGGCUAAGCAGGCCCAGCAGCACAUGGCUCACAGCUUAUGUUGCCAAAAUUUUUGGACUAGCUUACUCCCUGAUUUCUGUGGAUGACAGAGUUUUAUGUGGAGCAAUAAAAUGGCUUAUUCUCAACAAGCAGCAACCUGAUGGAAUCUUUAAAGAGGAUGCCCCUGUAAUUCAUGGAGAGAUGGUGGGAGAUGUACGGGGAAAAGAUGCAGACGCUUCUCUGACUGCAUUUGUUGUGAUAGCAAUGCAGGAAUCAAGGGAAAUUUGUGGUCAACAAAUACAAAGCAUGGAAGGCAGCAUCAAUAAAGCAGUUCAGUUCCUGCAAAGACGCAUUAGAAGUCUCACUAAUCCAUAUGCUGUGGCCAUGACAAGUUAUGCUUUAGCUCUGAAUAAACAAAACACCAUAGAAACUCUAAUGAAGUUUGCUUCAGCAGAUAAAAGUCACUGGCCAGUCCCUGGUUCCCAUCUGUUUUCUUUGGAGGCCUCAUCUUAUGCCCUUCUGGCCCUAUUGAAGUACAAAGAAUUUGACCAAGCUGGUGCCAUAGUGAGAUGGUUAACAGAGCAGAGGUUCUAUGGGGGAGGAUAUGGCUCUACACAGGCCACGAUCAUGGUGUUCCAGGCUGUGGCUGAAUACAGGAUCCAAGUACCUCUUUUCAAAGACAUAGAUCUAGAUGUUGAAAUUUCUCUGGCUGGUCGUUCCAAGCCAACUAAAUGGAAAAUUGUCAAUAGCAAUGCCUACGUUGCCAAAUCAGAGAGGGCCAGACUUGAUCAGAACUUUACGCUUGUUGCUAGAGGAAAAGGCCAAGGCACCAUGUCAGUAAUGACACUGUAUAAUGCUUUGCCUGAUGAAAAAAAAACUCCUUGUAAGACCUUUGAUCUUGAUGUAAAGAUUGAGAGGGCACCAAAUGCCAGGAGACCAGAAGGUGCCCUAGAUACAUUUAAGCUCACGAUUGAAAUAACUUAUCAGAAAGAUACAGAUGCAACAAUGUCCAUUCUUGAUGUCACCAUGCUAACUGGAUUUAUACCUGAUUUUGAGGAUCUCAGAAAGUUAUCAAAUGGAGUGGACCAGUACAUUCAGAAGUUUGAGAUGGAUAAAGCACUGUCUGAAAAGGGCUCCCUUAUAAUUUAUUUGGACAAGGUCUCCCACAAGCUGGCUGACAGAAUUGCAUUCAAAGUGCACAAGAUGUACCAAGUGGGUCUAAUCCAACCUGCAGCAGUGGCUGUCUAUGAGUACUAUGCUAAUGAGAACCGCUGUGUAAAAUUCUAUCAUCCAGAAAAAGAAACUGGAACGCUCAGCAGAAUCUGUCAAGGGGAUGUGUGCAGAUGUGCAGAAGAAAGUUGCAGCAAGCAGAAAUCAAGUAAAGACGAGCUUGAUAUUCCAGUUCGUCUUACUGCAGCAUGUGACCCUGGUGUGGACUACGUUUACAAAGUCAAGCUUGUUGAAUUUGUCCAGUCCUCUGAUAAAUACAUAAUGCUCAUUGAGGAUGUGAUCAAAGAAGGAAGUGAUACUGGAGUCAGGGAAAAGAUGAGAUCAUUUGUCUCUCAUUCCACUUGCAGAGAAACCCUGGGAUUUGAAAAGAAUAGAAGUUAUCUCAUCAUGGGGAAAUCUGUGGACUUGAUUAACACAAAUGAAGGGUUUGUGUAUUUCAUUGGCAGUGGAACAUGGAUUGAGUUGUGGCCAACAGAUGUGGAGUGUCAAAGCCUAAUAUUCCAAACCAAAUGCGAACAGAUUAAGGAAGUUGCAUCAGAACUCCUGAACUUUGGUUGCCCUAAUUAAUAUUCUGUUAAAACAUUAACUCAACAUAUAGUGUGAAAGAAUGAACAUCAUUUUGCCUUAAACAUGUCUAUACUUCUCUGAACUUUUAGAUACUUCAGGCUUUUUGGUUGGCUGCUUUGUUUUAUAAUUUCUGUGUUAAAAUGUAAUACUAUUUUACUUCAUUGUGAAUGUAUGACCAAGUAUUUUUCUAGAAGUUUAUAUUAACCAAUGAAGACACAUUUCACAUGCAUGUCCAUUGCUUCUAUAAAUACCAAUAAAGCUAUCAACAAGGUGUUAUUGCCUUUUAGGGUCAACAA